AUGGAUGCUCAGCCAGAUGCAGAGGCUGCCAUUGAAGCCUUGCAGAGAAGAAGACUUCAGAACCGCAUUGCUCAGAGGAACCGUCUGUACUUAGGCAAACGACAAGCAGACAUUGAGCAACAGCGACUAAAGGAUCUGGAGAACCAAACCAGGGGAAUUCAGCAGCAAAAAGAUGGCAAUACCUGUGCUCCCAAUAAUAGUGAAUGUCAUGAAUUCCAUAUGAGCAACCUUGAUAACACACGAAAUAAACCGGGAGGCUCCCAGUUCAAUGGGAAUACGCCAAAUCUUGCCUGUUUUGACUCAGAAACGCUGCAGGCUGAGGCCAUGAAUCGUGGGCCUUCUGAUGCCAUUCACCCCGAGAAGUUGACAGGGCAGAACGAAAGUCCCGGUAUUGCCACGUCGGUUUCUGGGAUGAAGAACAUCAAUAUAUUUGAUGCCGCGAUGGAAGAAAUGCCGACCGCUAUUGGAUUGGACUCUGAUCCCGGAAUUGGUUCUUCAUCUACUCCCUCCAGAGCUUCCAAGAAUCAGGAGACACCCCAAGCAGAGGCUAAAUCUAUCCAUGGACAGAAUAUGAAGCCUUGGGAGUCUCCGCAGUAUUCCAACCAUACCGCAAAUAAAGGGAAAACAGCAUUACACAUCAGUGUGGAGCGCGGCAAUCUAGGUAUCGUCCGCUUGUUACUACAAUAUGGGGUCAAUGUGGAUAGAAGGGACAACUUGGGGCGCACAGCGCUAUACUAUGCAGCAUGUGGUGCGCAUAUCGAUAUUGUUGGAGAGUUACUUGCCGGAGGUGCGGACCCAGAAGCUUGUGAUAAUGAGGGCAGGAGCCCCUUACAUGCCGCAGCCUAUGCCGAGUCCGAGGCAGUGAUACGGUUGUUAGUGCGAGAAGGCGUGGACCUGAAUGUAGCCAUAGGUCCUGGUGGUAGUAACAACAGCGAGGAUAUGGAUGGUGUACCUGGGUCAAUGAUAGGUUUAGCAGAUGGAUUCCAUAUGUAUGAUUGGACUCAAAUUUAA